AUGGCAGAAUAUUGGAGGAGACAGGUUGAUGGCAAAGAGCAAGUUCGGACUGGCUUAGGAUGGCGCGCAGUCGUUCCUGGCAGCAACGAACCGGUCAAAGACCAGCUUCCUAUUGUCGACCUGUCUGACAUGUGCCAUCAAGAUAUCGACAAACGUCGCGCUGUUGCCAAAAAGAUCUGUGAUGCUUGCAUUGAAUUCGGAUUUUUCUAUGCGAGUAAAUAUGGAAUUCCGGAUCAGGAUAUCUUCCAGAUCUUCUCUGAGGCGAAACGAUUCUUUACUGAGUUGAGCGUCAAAGAGAAGAUGGAACUGGACACGGCAAAACAUGACCACUAUUGGGGAUACUACCCGCGUAACACAGAUGCGAACCACCCAGCUGGCAGAAAUCUCAACGAAGGCAUGAACUUUGGAUACGAGCCAUCAGUGGACCCCGAAGCAAGGGAAGGUGCUCAGGGCCACAACUGGUGGCCUCAGGAAAGCCGGCUACCAGGAUUCGAAGCAAAUACCAAGCAACAUAUGACGCAGAUGCUACGUUUGAGUCGAUCGCUGCUUCGGCUCUUUGCUCUAGGUCUGGGUUUGGACGAACACUAUUUCGAUGGGCUUGUCACGGAACCCUACUCGAUUCUCAAGAUGUGUUACUAUCCCGGAGACGGUUCCAAUUCAAAAGAGCCGUCUAGUCUUCGGCCACAUACCGACCCAGAAUUGCUGACAAUUCUGCUACAAGAUCAGAUUCCAUCGUUGGAAGUGCUGUCAUCCUCUGGAUCAUGGAUCUCUGCGAAACCUAUUCCUGGAACGUUUGUUGUCAAUGUUGGAGACUCGAUGUCAAUCCUCACGAAUGGCAAGUUCGUGUCGACCAUGCACAGAGUGAUCAACACAUCGGGAGUGGACAGAUAUUCUGUUCCGUUCUUCUUGGGUGCCAACAAAGAGGCAGAACUUAAGGCUCUUCCGAUCUUCGUGAGUCCAGAGAAUCCCGCACGGUUCAAAGCCAUUUCCUCUGAGGGUUAUAUCCGUCGCAGCUUGCAAUUAGCAUACUCUAAGCCAGAUGUCGUCCGAGAGAUUGGCACAAUCGAAAUCAAAGGAUAG